AUGAUCGGCGUGGUUCGAAGCCGUCUCCACCUGAAGUCUAACGAUACUCUGGCAGAACUCCUCCUGUUCUCCGCAUACAGAUCUCGGCUCGGCAAGCACAUCCUCGGAUCAUCAGAUGGCUUCAUGUGA